AUUGGUUGAGUGUGCGGGCUCCCCCUGGGUCCUGGUGCUGGGCGCUAAUAAAUGGGAAUGAGUGGGCGCUGCGCUUCCUGGGCCUGGUUGUUGUUGGCUGCUUUUCCCCUCCUCCUGCCGGGGGCAGGGGCGACUCUGUCCAAGAAAGAUGUGAGGAAAAGUGGAGGCCGGAUCCCGGAGGAGGAGACAGGGCCUUCAAAACUUUUGGUUCAAGACCGAGGCCUCAUUGUCACUGACCCAAAGGCCAAAGAUAUUGUGAAAGAGCAGAAGAGUUACUGUGCUGCCAAAGUGAAAGAACGGCAUUUCAGCGGGGAUGUUCUGGGAUACGUCACACCCUGGAACAGCCAUGGUUAUGAAAUUACGAAGAUAUUUGGUGGGAAAUUCACUUUAAUUUCUCCAGUUUGGCUUCAGAUCCAGAGGAAGGGAGUUCAGCUGUAUCAUGUCACUGGCCACCAUGAUAUAGACCAAGGCUGGAUGAAGAAUGUGAGGGCAGGAUCCAAAGCAAUCAAUUUUGUUCCCAGAAUUUUGUUCGAUUCUUGGACUUACCGUGACUAUGAAAGUCUUUUUAAUAGUGAGGAUGAGAUUGAAGAGCUGACGGAAGCAUUGGUGCAGACGGCGAAGGCUGAGGAGUUUGAUGGCUUUGUAAUAGAGGUGUGGAGCCAGCUUGGUGGCCAGAAACGGAAGGAACUGGUCCACGUGAUCCGCCACUUGUCGGAAGCCCUGCGUAAAGCCAAGCUGAAAGUGGUGUUGGUGAUUCCUCCAGCAAUCUCUCCUGGGACCAACCAGCCAGGAAUGUUUGGGAAGCAGGAUUUCGACCAGCUGGCCCAGGUUGUGGAUGGAUUCAGCCUCAUGACAUACGACUAUUCAAAUUCACAUCGACCUGGCCCCAACUCCCCCAUCCCCUGGAUACGAGCCUGUGUUCAGAUAUUGGAUCCAGAUGCAAAUUGGAGAAGUAAGAUCCUCUUGGGAUUGAAUUUCUAUGGAAUGGAUUAUGGUACCCUUGGAGGAACAGCAGAACCUAUUGUAGGACACAGAUAUAUCGAGAUUCUGAAAGAUCACAAGGUAAAGCUCCUUUGGGAUGAGCAAAUUGCUGAACAUUACUUUAAUUAUAAAAGGCACCAGGGUGGGAAACAUGUUGUGUUUUACCCGACGUUAAAGCCUUCUCAACUACAAAAAAUUAAGAUUGUCUCUGUAUCUGGACCUCCUUUAAAAUUGUUCUAUUUAGCUUAUAUUGCCUUAGUGUCAGCCAUGGUUCAUUCUCACCUGAAACAGAAGUUUGUGGGUUCAAGUAUCACUCCUGAGGGAGUACUGCUCUGUUGGAGAUGCUAUCUGUCAGAUGAGACGUCAAACCAAGGAGCUCUGGAUUUGUUUGCCGUACCCUUCGCUUUUGAGGGAACAAACCUUGACUGUGCCCAAACCAUCUCCUCUUUGAAGUCUAUCCAGGCGAGAUUGGAACUGGCUAAAGAGUUGAGCACUGGGAUAUCUAUCUGGGAACUGGGACAAGGACUGGACUAUUUCUACGACUUGCUAUGAAAAGGUCGCUGAGCGCCACAAGGACGUGCCCUUGACAGCUUUGAGACUGUUUCCAAAAGCCCAACAGGCUGACCAGAGCCAAUCAGUGUCACUCUACAGAGUUCCAGUGUCCAGCUGAGUUUUAGGAAAAAUUUGAAGUUUAAAUAAAAAUUGAAACUUUAACCUGGAACUAGAAGUCCAGUUCCUAAAGCUCCUCUUUCAAUAAAAGUUUCUAUGAGAA